AUGAUGGCUUUGCAAAGAGUUGCACUCUUCGUUUUGUUCGCUGUUGCCAUUUGUACAACAAUCGAUGCUCGAGUUAUUGUAGAAGAUCCGAUCGAUGAAGUGAUAGAUGAUGUGACAAGUAUAGACACAAAGCAGUUCUCUACCCUAAUUAAUUAUCGUCAACGGUUCGAACAUUCGAAUAAUAUUAAAGCCCUGAAAUGGAUGUUUCAACAAUAUAAUGAUCCACCGGAAAUAUAUUGCAAAAUGUGUCAUAUACUUCUGCCCAUUGCACGGUUACUUAUCUAUGCUAAUCAAACAGAUCGCUUUGAAAAUAUAACUCUACAACUUUGCAAAGAAUUUAGUCUGGUUCUUGACGUUUGCAGUGGCGCUGUUCAUGAAUAUAAAGACGUUGUUUUUCAAGUUAUUUCUCUGACGGAGUAUACUGAUAAAGCACUGUGUGCAAUAACUUUGAAUUGUGAAAAACAAACGGAUUAUCCGUCUUUGAAUUGGACUGUACCGAUUCCUGAUGGAAAACCAACUCCACAACCACCCAAACCACCUUCUCCUAGUUCACCAAAACUGAACAUGCUACAAUUGGCUGAUGUUCAUGUAGAUUUCGAGUACAAACCAGGCUCUGAAGCAAACUGUUUAGAGCCGUUGUGUUGUCGAAAAGGUCUACCGUUACCUGGUCGUCCAGCUGCUGGCUUUUGGGGAACGAGUCUUCACUGUGAUAUACCAAUCUGGACGGCUCAAGCCAUAAUUGAAUAUGCUGCAAGAACAGAAGAGAUUGAUUUUAUUUAUUAUACCGGUGAUACGCCACCACACAAUGUGUGGAAUCAAUCUCGUGCUGAUCAACUCCAUGCCAUCUACACAAUCAAUGGUUUGGUGGCUCGAACAUUUCCAAACAGAACAGUUUAUGCAGCUGUGGGCAACCAUGAAGCAGCUCCAUGCAAUCUUUUCCCAACGCCUAUUAUUAAGACAGAUAAUAUCUCGUGGUUAUACGAAGCACUAGCGGAUAGUUGGAUAAAUACAUUCGGUCUACCUAACGACACGCGGGAAACGAUUCUACGUGGCGGUUUUUAUACAACAGUUGUUCGUCCUGGCUUACGAAUAAUUUCGCUCAAUACGAAUUAUUAUCAUCACGAUAAUUAUUGGCUAUUCAUCAAUUCGACAGAUCCACUCAAUCAAGUUGAAUGGUUGAUACAAUGGUUACAAUAUGCAGAAAAGAAUAGCGAAAAGGUUCACAUCAUCGCCCAUCAUCCACCAAGAGAAUGUUUUGCUGCAUUCGGCUGGAAUUUUGAUCGAAUUGUCAAUCGAUUCGAAAAUACGAUCUCUGGACAAUUUUAUGGUCAUACCCAUACGGAUGAAUUCAAUAUGUACUACGAUGAAAAUGAUCAUCAACGCCCUAUUUCGAUCGCAUACAUCGCGCCAUCGUUGACAACCGAAUCGUUUUUGAAUCCUGGUUAUCGCAUGUAUACACUUGAUGGUGACUAUCCGCAAAGUUCUUACUGGGUACUCGAUCAUCGUACUGUGAUCAUGAAUUUGACUGCAACGAACGUUUACAAUCGAACAAUCCUACAAAAUGAAUACACUGUUCGGGAUGCAUAUCAAAUGGAAAAUCUUUUUCCAGCUGAUUGGGAUAAUUUGAUCAAGAGACUUGAAAGUGAUAUUGAUGGACCAUUGAUGGGAACAGUGUAUAAAUACUAUAUGAAAUCUAAUGCAGAUGCUUCCCAAUGUACUCAUGCAUGUCGACGAUCACUUCUUUGUAGCUUUAAAACUUCUCGUGAAGAUCAACCACACGCCUGUGAUUCAAUUCCUCCUCUUGUUGCAUAA